UUGCGCCUGCGUGAGGCCUUGGAGCUCGAAGACAGAACACCCGGAUAUGAGGUGACCCGGAGACGCCCGCGGGUAUGACAGGACACCCGAAGAAAAGUUGGGGGAGUUUGGGCCUUUGAUGGUAUCGGUGCGUAGAGCCUUUCUUGAAGACCUGGGACCCCUUACUGAAGGCCUGAGGCGCCGGGACGCGGACAAAGCCCGGGACGUCUCCCCCUGUGCCGCCAUGGAUGAGCAGGAAGCUCUCAAGUCCAUUAUGAAGGACCUGGUCGCCCUUCAGAUGGGAAGGCGACAUCGAACUACCGGAAUCGAGGGUGUGAAAACGAAGACAUGCAGCCUCCCCAAUAAACAGAAUGAUGUGAGGAUAAAGUUUGAACACAAUGGCGAGAGGCGGAUCCUGCAGUUCCCUCGGCCUGUAAAGAUUGAAGAUGUGGAGCAGAAAGUGAAGGUAGCCUUUGGACAGCAGAUGGACCUGCAUUACAUGAACAAUGAGCUGUCUAUACCACUCCGAAGUCAGGAUGAUCUUGACAAGGCCGUUGAUCUUUUAGAUCGAAGUUCAAGUAUGAAAAGUCUGCGGAUUCUGCUCCUCUCCCAUGAUAGGAACCAUACCUCCUCGCCCCACUCUGGGGUCCAAAAGCAAGUGCGGAUUAAGGCCUCCCAGUCUUUGGGUGAUGUUACUACAGCAUAUCAUUCUGCAGAGACCCGGAGCCGACAUCUGUCUGUCAGUUCACAGAAUGCCGGACGCAGCUCUCCACCGCCUGGCUAUGUCCCCGAGAGGCAGCAGCGGAUUGCCCGACAGGGUUCCUAUACCAGCAUCAACAGCGAGGGCGAGUUCAUCCCGGAAACCAAUGAUCAGUGUAUGCUGGACCCACUGAGCAGUACAGAGAAUUCGAUAUCUGGUAGUUGUCAAUCUCUGGACCAAUCCGAGGGCAGCCCUUCAUUCAGGAAGUCCCGAAUGUCAAGAGCUCAGAGUAAUCCCGACAACAGGCAGGAUUUCUCAGAUCGGGAGAAUCAGUUCUGUGACAAAGCAGGGAAAGGUGGGACAUACCCUCGAAGAUAUCACGUAUCUAUUCACCAUAAAGACUAUAGUGAUGGACGAAGAACAUUCCCACGGAUCAGGCGCCCUCAAGGAAAUCUUUUCACCCUUGUGCCAUCUAGUCGUUCUUUAAGCACCAAUGGAGAAAACCUUGGCCUGUCUGCGCAGUAUGUGGAAGCCCGCAACCGACUGCGCAGUGCAGACAGCGAGAACACACUGGGUGUACCGGAAAGAAAUGUUCCCAUUAAAUCUCCCAGUGCUCCUAUAAACUGGCGCCGGGGAAAACUACUGGGGCAGGGAGCCUUUGGUCGUGUUUAUCUGUGUUAUGAUGUGGACAUAGGACGGGAGCUGGCAGCUAAGCAGGUUCAGUUUGAUCCAGACAGUCCAGAAACAAGCAAGGAGGUCAGUGCCCUGGAGUGUGAGAUACAGCUGCUGAAGAAUCUGCAUCAUGAAAGGAUAGUACAGUAUUAUGGUUGUUUGCGGGACAAAGGCGAGAAGACUCUGACUAUAUUCAUGGAGUAUAUGCCAGGGGGAUCAGUGAAAGAUCAGCUUAAAGCUUACGGGGCACUAACGGAAAAUGUUACUCGUAGAUACACCCGGCAAAUCCUGGAGGGAGUUUCUUACCUGCACAGCAACAUGAUUGUACACAGGGACAUAAAGGGGGCCAACAUCCUCCGGGACUCUGCAGGGAAUGUUAAGCUAGGAGACUUUGGGGCCAGUAAGCGUCUCCAGACGAUUUGCAUGUCAGGGACAGGUAUCCGUUCUGUGACGGGAACACCAUACUGGAUGAGCCCAGAGGUGAUCAGCGGUGAGGGAUACGGGAGGAAAGCUGAUGUCUGGAGCCUGGGCUGCACCGUGGUGGAAAUGCUAACAGAGAAGCCUCCCUGGGCAGAGUAUGAAGCCAUGGCAGCCAUUUUUAAAAUCGCCACCCAGCCAACUAUUCCUCACCUUCCCCCAAACACAUCAGAGCAAUGCCGGGACUUUGUAAAGCAGAUACUGGUGGAAGCGAGGCAGAGACCGUCUGCUGAGGAGCUUCUCCGGCAUCCCUUUGCCCAACUUACCUAUUAAGUCUUCAUCAAAGUGUCGUCCUUCACUUGACCAUGGAUAUUCUCCAGAGAUGAAUGUUGACUUUUGAGGGAAGACUCUGGAACAUUUAAUGAGACGCGAUGACAAUCUUCCCUUCAACCUACCCCUACCCCAACUACCUAUCGCUGACUAAGUCUAGAACAGGUUCUAGAUUCAGGACAGGGUUGGGUGUGUGUCAGUGUUAGAGCAGCAGAACAAUGGAUUAUUUUUUUAUCUUGAAGUGACUUUGAUUCCUAGAAAAGAGUUCUUAUGCUCCAAGCCAGAGACACAGUAUGAAGGAAUGGUGCGUGAUGACUUCCAUUAAAAAUCUGCACCAUCCUCCCAUCAUGAAGGAGUUCUUCCACGUCUUAGACAAGUGCCUUAACGCCUCUUCAGCCAGGGAGCAUGUUAACCAUGGCCCGGUGGCCUCUUCCUUUUGUUAUGGAAAGUCCCAGCAUUUCAGUAAUGGUGAGAUAACCUGAUGAUAGCAGUAUGUGACUCCACGUCACUGGUUGUAGUAAAUGUCCCAUUUUGCAUAACAUUAUGUUUUUAUGUCCAAAAUUCUGUACUGAUUAUAGGAGGUUGAAGCUCCGAAUCUGUUGCUAUCAUCCUCACUUUUAUACUGUAUGCAGUAAUCUCCCCCUAGUGGUGGAUGCAGGCAGACAUAAUUUUAUAAUUUAAAGUGGUUGUCCACUUUCUGCUUACAUUUACCCCAGCACACCCUUAGAAGACCACCCUUCCCACUAUACAUGGGUGCUGCAUUUGACAUUUCAGAAGUUUAGGCGGACAACCCCUUUAACUAUGUCUGUACGGGGAAUAUGGAGCUCUAUAUCAGAUCUACAGGGCUCCAACACUAUGAAGACAUAUAUUACAUGAAUCAGCACAGAAGUUUGGAUCUACUUAAAAACAAAAUGGCGCUCAAGGAUGGACAUUUACUUUAAACUUCCUGACCAACCUGAAGUCCUUAGGAUUCUUGCUAGCAGCGUGCCUUAGUGACAGGUAUGUGAUAUG